AAAACCAAUCCUUAUCACUCCGAUUCCAAAACAAAUCACUUAUCACUACUUUAAAUUAUAUCUCUGAGAAGCCAUGCUUCGUUGCUGGUCACUUCGCAAGAACUUUAGUCGUAAAAUCCUUAACCUCGACCCCCACCACCACCAACAACAAAUAAGAAAUAUUCCAAAACAGCUACAUCGCCCCUGCGACGUUUUCAUUAGCCAUCGAGGGAUUGACACAAAGAGAAGCAUUUCUGGGUUGCUCUACAACCAUCUAGUCCGCCUUGGGCUUAAACCAUUUUUGGACAGCAAGAGCAUGAAGCCUGGCGACCGGCUGUUCGACAAAAUCAACGAUGCCGUUCGACACUGCAAGGUUGGGGUUGCUGUCUUUUCGCCGCAUUAUUGUGAAUCAUACUUUUGUCUCCAUGAGCUGGCUCUGAUGAUGGAAACUAGGAAGAAGGUCAUUCCAAUCUUUUGCGACGUGAAGCCGUCGCAGCUCCAGGUUAAUGAAGAUGGGUCUCGUCGAGUUGAGGAGCUGAAGAGGUUCCAAUGGGCCGUCGAGGAGGCAAAAUACACUGUUGGUCUCACAUUUGACACAUUGGGAGGGGAUUUUUCGAAAUUCUUGACGAUCACUACAGAAGCAGUGAUGAAUUCCUUGCUAGAGAUUGAAGAAGAAGAAGAAGACAAACGGAAUAGGUGGCAUAUCAAUCAAUCAUUGUUGUAAGGAUCUUUCAGUUCUUAAGCAUUUGAUAUUGAUUAAUGUAGGAUGAACAAAGAAUAACGUGAAUGUAUAUAUGGAGUAGCAUUUGAUUAAUGCUUGUAGGAUGAACAAAUUAAAAAGUGAUCAAAUGU